UCAACAUCUACUGCUGGAUUUCACCAGGAUCCCCCAGAUCAUCUCACACCGGAUAGACCGCCUUCAGGAUUAUGUUGGGAAAGAGGAGGAUUUCUCUGACCAGCAGCUCUAUGAACAGGAGAGGAAUUCCAGUUUGGACCAAGAGGAACCAGAAGCUCUGCAGAUAAAAGAAGAACAGAAAGAACCAGAACAUCCCUGGACAAAAGAGGAAACCAUGGAGCUCCCCAUAGGUGAGCAGGAAGAGCAGCUUGUUCUGCAGCAACAGGCUAAAGAUAAAGGAAAGAAACUGUCCCCAUGUUUGACACGGAAAGAACACUUUCUAAAAAAGAAAAAUGUUAUGGUUCACGUGAAAUCUCACACAGGUCAGAAGAUUUAUGAAUGUCGGUCCUGUGGAAAGAGCUUCACUUAUAAACAUCAUCUUGAAACACACAUGAGAAUUCAUACAGGAGAGAAGCCUUUUUCCUGCUCGAUUUGUGGCAAAAGUUUUACUCUAAAACAUCAUUUGACUGGACACAUGAGAAUUCACUCAGGUGAGAAACCUUAUUCCUGUACCUUUUGUAACAAAACUUUUAAUGGGAAGACUAAUUUGACUCGACACAUGGGAAUUCAUACAGGUGAGAAUGUGUUUUCCUGUAACAUUUGUAACAAAAUAUUUACUAAAGAACAUCAUUUGACUCGACACAUGGGAAUUCACACAGGAGAGAAACCGUUUUCCUGUACCCUUUGUAACAAAAAAUUUAGUCGAGAACAUAAUUUGAUUCGACACAUGACAAUUCACACAUGUGAGAAACCUUAUUCCUGUGACAUUUGUAACAAUAAUUUUACUCGAAAGGAUCAUUUGACUUCUCACAUGAGAAUUCACACAGGUGAGAAACCUUUUUCCUGUACCAUUUGUAACAAGACUUUUACUGCCAAGAGUAGUUUGACUUCUCACAUGAGAGUUCACUCAGCUGAGAGGCCUUUUGUAUGUUUGUGCUGCAGAAAAAGCUUCACUCAGAAGUCUAAUCUUGACAGACACAUGAGAAGUCACACAGGUGAGAAAUCUUUUUCCUGUACCAUAUGUAACAAGAAUUUUAAAGAAAAGAGUAAUUUGACUUAUCACGUGAGAAUUCACAAAGGUGAGAAGCCUUUUGUAUGUUUGUCCUGUGGAAAAAGCUUCACUGAGAAAUCUAGUGUUGAUACACACAUGAGAAUUCACAUAGGUGAGAAACCCUUUGUAUGUCUUCUCUGUGGAAAAAGCUUCACUCAGAAGUCUAAUCUUGAUAAACACAUGAGAAUUCACACAGGUGAGAAACCUUUUUCCUGUACCAUGUGUAACAAGACUUUUACUGACAAGAGUAAUUUGACUAAACACAUGAGAGUUCACUCAGCUGAGAGGCCUUUUGUAUGUUUGGCCUGUGGAAAAAGCUUCACUGAGAAAUCUAGUGUUGAUACACACAUGAGAAUUCACAUAGGUGAGAAACCCUUUGUAUGUCUUUUCUGUGGAAAAAGCUUCACUCAGAAGUCUAAUCUUGAUAGACACAUGAGAAUUCACUCAGUAGAGAAACCUUUUUCCUGUACCAUUUGUAACAAGAAGUUUACUGAUGAGAGUCAUUUAACAUCUCACACGAGAAUUCACCAAGGUGAGAAGCCGUUCUCCUGAAUGAUUUGUGACAGCGAAUCAUUCAGCGAAGUCGUAACAGCAGUUAGACGCCACAGGAAGGAGCAGUUGAGGCGUUUUCCAUUUUUGGUGAUAAAAUGUCAAUCUAGAAACUGCUUCACCUGGUUGCAUGAGAAAAUCAAGGGUUAAUGGUCUUUUUGGAGUAAAGUUUUUAAGAAAGACAUUAUUUGGAAACACAUUACAUAGAAACUAGAACAGAUUAGAUGUUAUAUUCUAAACCUGAAGUCUCAGAUGAAGAUUUGGGACGUAUAUAAGUGUGUCAUUCUCAGCUUACUAUUAGCUGAUUAAUGUUUUUUAAUGAUUCUUUGAAAGUAUAAUUUUCCUUUGAAAUACUUCUAAUAGUUUUGAUCUUGAUUCUUUGGAUGUUAUAUUUUACCUGCUAUGAUUGAAAUGAACUUUAACCUCGUUUAUACCACUGAUUCUAUGUAAUAAGUGUCUAAUAAAGGUGCUGGAGAUCUCAAAGCUCACAGUGACACUGAAAAACCUGACAAAGCUCUGAGAGGUGAGAGUUAUUCUGCAAAGUUGACUGAGUACUUUGUUAGAAUAUUUGUUGAAGCUGUAUUUUCUAAUAUAGAAGAGGACAUAUUUAGAAAAUGAUUUUAUUUAUGUAUUUUAAUAGAGAGCUCUAAUUGUGUAAUUGGUUGUUACAGAUUUAACUACAAAGGUUAUUUUUGUAUCAUUUAGGUAUAAUAAAGCUGUUGAUGAACCUUUGAGAAGCCUGUCUGAAUCCGUCUGGAGGCUGGGCAAAGUGUCCUCUUUAUGGAAAUCUAAAUAUGCUCACCCUAAUAUAUAUACCUAUUCUAAAAGAAUUAGUUCUGUAGUUCCCAUUUUUAAGCCAACUGAUGUUUGCAGGAGCUGUUUUGAACUAGACUACAGAGGGACGGCAGCAGUUUAUGGAUCAUGUUACUUCAUGUUUUUGAACUUUAUUAGGGAGAUUCACUGAACCUCCUGAUGGGUUUUUAGGCACAAGACAAUUUGGAGAUAAAGGUUCUUUAUCUAAAUACAAAUAUUAUACUUCUGGAUAUUUUGUUUGGCUGUUUUUUAUGUGAUUUCCAGCAAAUCUUAGUGUCUAUCAUUACUCCCAAUAACUUAAUUUCCUUAACUGUUUCUACUGUCACAUUAUCUCUCAGGAUAUGUAUAUUUGUUUUACUUUCGCAGUUUCCUAACAACAUAAACUAAAAUCCAUCUAAAUCCAUACUGACUUUCACAAAUCAACUUAUAUUUAUUAAUCUAUGUAUCUAAUCCACAAAUAAUUUCUCCAGAAUUUUGGAAAACUGGAAGUAGAGAAACAGGCCUAUAAUUUGUGAAAUGCUUUCUGUCCUCACAUUUAUAAAGUGGAAUAACUUGAGACUUUUCAUAUUUUCUGUAAAUUUACGCGACUGAAAUGACCUUAUUAAGUACGGUCAUAUCGGUGCCAUCGCAGUCAGUCGACCUCUUAUUACAUUUAUUGACCAUUCCCUUCCUCUCACAGCAGUGAGAAACAGUGAACAAGGAUUUCUGUUGAUUAAUGUUUCAUUCAAAGAUCCAGUUGUUAUAGGAUCCAGGAUUAUUUUCUGCCAGUUUGGGUCCAACACUAACAAAAUAUUUAUUGAAAUUAUAAUUAUAAUCGUAUUGUUUACAAAAACUGGAAAUUUCCUUUUUCCAGAUUUUCUUGAUAAAAUUAUUGAAUAAAUUCCAAAUCCCUUUGAUAUUAUUCUUAUUUCUACCCAAUAAUUUACUGCAAUAAUCCUGUUUAGCUCUUAGUAGAAUAGCAGUUAAUUUAUUCUUAUAUUCAUUCUCUACAUCCAAAGACUUGUGAGAUCUCUUUAUAGUUUGUUCUUUUUAUUUUUCAGGCUUUUUGCAAACCCUUGGUGAUCCAUUAAACUUCUAUUUGUUUUUAUGAGAGAAUAUUAUUAAUGGAAGUUUUUAUUAAUUAUAUGCUAUAUCGACAUCUUGCAAAACAGACUCCAAGUUAUGUUUCAACAUAAUCAUCUUUGAAAGACUUCAGUGAUUCCUCUGUCUUUACUGUUUUAAACUGGAUU